GUUUAGAAAGUUUUUGUGUGAUUUGACAAUGACGCUUUGACGUCGAAACGCGCGUAAUCCUAUUUUGGACUUUCAUGGAUCACUUGGCGAUCAAGGUCGGGAAUGGAGGCGGGGCCACCCCCGAAGAUUCUACUGGAGUUUCAGGACCUCUGCUAUACUCCUGUCGGUCAAGAUAGCAAAGAAAUACUAAAAAACGUAAGUGGAAGAUUCCGGCCUAACCAUGUGACAGCAAUUCUUGGACCCUCAGGAGCGGGGAAGUCGACACUCUUGAAAAUCCUCACAGGAAACAGGUCAGCUGGAGUGAAGGGACGAAUCACAGUCAAUGGCCAGCCAAUGAUUCGCUCCCAGUUCCGCAAACUGUGCUGUUACAUCGCACAAGACUUUGCGAUGUUGGGUCUACUCACAGUCAGGGAGACUCUACAAGUUGCUGCCAACUUUAAACUUCCCGGCAAUAUAUCCAGCUCCAAGAGGAAAGCUUUGAUAGAAGAGAAGGUGGCCGAAGUGUUGGACACCCUCGGACUGUCACCUCAGGCUGAGACGCAAGUGCGACACUUGUCUGGCGGAGAGAAGAAGAGACUGUCUAUUGGAGUGGAGCUCAUCACCAACCCUCCUGUCAUGUUCUUCGACGAACCAACCAGUGGACUAGAUAGUACUGCCUCACUGAUGGUUAUGGAUCAUCUCAAAUCAUUGGCACAACGAGGCAUCACUGUGGUUGUAGUGAUUCACCAGCCCAGCUCUAGAUGCUUCCAGAAGGUGGACGAUGUCUUCCUGCUGUCUAGAGGACAGUGCCUUUACAAUGGUCCUGUCUGCAACAUGGUAGAGACAUUUGCAGCUUUAGGUCAUGAGUGCCCUCCCUACUUCAACAUUGCUGAAUUUGCGGUGGAAGUUGCAUCCAAGGCAGAAGAAGAAGUCAACCAAGUGGUGGAGAGAGCAAGACUUGACUUUACUAGACAUGACAGUGACUUCUUCAAAUACAAACCAUUGAAAAAUGGAAGUGAAGACUUAUCAAGUGAAAGAAGUCCAAUGCUGAUAUGUGAAGAUAAGGAUUACAAGAUCCAAAUCCAACGGUCUGGCUCUUCCAGUAAUCAACCAGACUAUCCAAUAUCAUCUUUUGCUCAGUUCUGCAUUCUUCUUAGAAGAUGUACACUGUGCAUCAAUCGGGACAUGCAUCUUUGUGGAGUACGUCUCUUCAGCCAUACAAUCGUCUCUCUAUUAUUAGGAAUAUUAUUUUACAAUUUUGGUAACGAUGCUACCAAAGUCUUAGGAAAUUUCUCCUUCAUUUUCUUCAAUGUGAUAUUUAUCUUCUUCGCUACGUCUAUGCCAACAAUAUGCACAUUUCCUCUUGAAGCUGAUGUAUUUCUCAGAGAGGAGUCCAACAACUGGUAUCCCAUCAGGGUUUACUAUUUCGCCAAGGUUUUAGCUGAUGUUCCUCUGCAGAUAAUCUGCCCGACGAUAUUCGUGAGUGUGGGUUGGUACCUGACGGGUCAGCCGCUGGUGCUGUAUCGCUUCGGAAUGCUGUGGUUGGUCAGCGUGCUGAUAGCAAUGUUGGCUCAGACCAUGGGCAACAUGGCCGGAGCAGCUCUCUCUGUGCAGACCGCAGUAUUCAUCGUCCCAUCGUCCACCAUCCCUGUCCUGCUACUCUCUGGUUUCUUUGUGACCCUCAAGGACCUUUAUCGGCCGUUCCAAAUCCUUGCGGAAGUGAGCUACUUCAAGUUUGCCUUCGAAGGAGCAUGUCAGAGUAUCUUCGGCUAUGACCGGCCCAAGUUGCCGUGUUCCCAGCCAUACUGUCACUACCGCCAUGUGCACAAGUUCCUUUCCGACAUCGGAAUGCAGGACUUCACCUUCUGGUACAACGUUGUGUGUUUACUCGUCUGGAUCGUGUUCCUCCAGAUUCUACUCUACGUUGUGCUGAAGUGGAGACUCUCCAAGGCCAAAACGUGAUAGUAGAAGUGAUUAUGUUACCACUCAUGACAAUUUUGAAUUUUAUCGUUUAAUUUUUUACUUAGUUGAAAAAUGCCACUCAAUGACAUUCGGUAUUGAUCAGUAGGAGCGAAAAGACCAGAGGAUGCUCGUUAUGCAGAGUAACACACUGUUCUAUCACAUUCCUUCAUUGUUUUGUCUAUCUGCUAGUCUCAAGUCAACACUCGAAGCAGAUCGAACUCAAACCUACACAGGCAGCAAACCAGGUUUUGUUUUAGAUUACCUUUGUUGUGUUGUAGCCUGUAGUUUUUGAAUAGGUAGAUGUUUGUGUCAUCCUUUGCAUUUCACCAGUUUGUGUGACAUCUUCAGGGGUCUUCUUAAGUUAUCUUCUUAUCACUAACACUACAGUCUAAACUGUAUUUACAAAAAUUUUUACAUACGGUUACUAUAGUAUCAGAGUCGGGUCGAUCGGACAAUGUGUCGACUGCGGACUGAUAACAAAUUUCUGUUUGAGGUUUUGUCGUUAUUUACUCAAUCAAAUUACUGUUGUUCAAUACCUCUGAGGAUUUUUAUCUUUCAUCUCUUAUCUCUAUUUCAUUAACAUUAUUUUUAAUUUUUAAUUUUGGUAUAAUAUGAUGGUACCAACAGAAGCAAAAGAUUGCAUCUCUUCUAGAUUACCUCAAGGAGAUGCAAACACUAUUUAAUUUUGGACUAGCUAUACUGAAUAAUUUAAAAUGCCACAAAUAAAUUAUCCGCUGAUCUUUUUGUCUCAUCUAAGUUACUCAUUCCAUUUAAGUAUACUCAUUCCAUUCUUUUGAACAUAUUUUAAGAAUUUUACAAUGAUGGCAAAUUCAUUUGUUUGAUUACAGUAUCAAGAAUUAACAAGUUAAACAGGUGAAUUUAAAAUGUAAAGGUUAUAUUUCAAAAAUAUUGUAUAGCUUUUACCACUGUGUAGUAUCAUCAGGUCUAUUUUCAAUUUUAUAUAUAUUUUUAGUUAUUAAAAAAUACCUUAACUAGAAAGCUGUAUUUUGGAUUGUCAGGUACAAAAUAUUCCAGGACAUCAAUAAACAAUCAAUGAACAAUAACAAUUAUUGUGGAUGAUGAAUAUGAUUUCUUACUUUUAUGAUGUACAAGUUUGUUGCAAAUAGCAUUAAAUUAUUAAUUAGUUUUAAGUUUUAGAUUUGUAAUCAGUACAGUAACACUGCAGUGGACAAUAAUUAUUGUAUUUUUCAUUUUAUUACUUUCAUUGAUGCUCAGUUCCUUGACCUUGAUUACUAUUUAGCAGCCUUCAUGACUUCUAUGAGAACUCAGAGGCAACAAAUACAUUAGUUCUGGACCUGUCAUCCCGAAAAACCUAUGGAAAUGUUUAUUAAUUGCUUUUUUUUGCCAUUAAAACUUUCUUGGAGUAUGUUACAACAAAUGUAAAAAACGUUUUCCUCUUAAGAACAAUUAAUCAUAAGGUUCUUUGUAUUUUGUUAUGUAUUGAUUUAUUGUACUUUUAUAUUAUGUGCAAAGCACAAUUUUUUGUUAAAAAUGUAUAGUUAAUUUAAUCUCUCAAAAAUAUUCAAACUUUAAAAAAGUUGUGGUUUAGAGUUUGAAACAAUAGUUAAAAAUA